UAGCGAAGUAAUGGCUGGUGAAGCAGACUUGACACACCCUACUUCAACCAAAGUCUCCAAGGAUCAUAAUUCAGAAGUACUCAAUGGAGGGAUUGAUGCAACAAGUUUACUUGUAGCUCCAAAAUUACCAAAAUCAGCUGAUGGAGAAUCCAUCCGAAGGCCUCGUGGAAGGCCAGUCGGAUCCAAGAACAAGCCCAAGCCACCAAUCGUCAUCACUAGGGACAGCGCCAAUGCGCUAAAAGCACACGCCAUUGAGGUAUCCUCCGGCUGUGAUGUGAACGAAAGCUUACUAAACUUUGCGCGCAGAAAACAACGUGGCAUAUGCGUGCUUAGCGCGACUGGUUGUGUAACCAACGUCACCCUGCGCCAACCUUCCUCAUCGGGAUCAAUUGUAACUCUCCAUGGAAGAUUCGAGAUUCUAUCAUUGCUCGGAUCGAUUCUGCCCCCACCUGCCUCACCAUUAGUCACCGGCCUAACAAUCUACUUAACAGGGACUCAAGGGCAGGUUGUGGGGGGCAAUGUGGUAGGUGCGCUAGUUGCGUCCGGCCCUGUUAUCGUCAUGGCUGCGACAUUUAUGAAUGCUACGUUCGAUCGCUUGCUUUUAGACGAAGAUGAAUAUCAAAACAAUAGGCAGCGUCACCAUAUCGAUGUCUCAGAGGCAUAUGGGAUUGCACCGAAUUUGCUUACUAGUGGAACUUCGCCCUCCGAGGUUUAUUCAUGGGCACCAUGCCGGACUCUGUCGAAGUCUUAGGUUAAUAUCAAGCUCUGAUGAAGAGUUAUGCUGGAA